GCCCGCGCCGCACACCGAGCCCAGGACGCGGCGAGGAGCGAGCUCCGCCAGGCGCUGCACCCGGGGGCGCCUCGGCGAGCCCGGCCGCGCUGCGAGCCCGGCCCCAUGGAGCGGGCGCGGGGCGCCUGAGCGCAGCGGACAAAGGCGGCGGCUGGGCGGGCGGCGGCCCCCGUGCAACUUUCCUGCGGGCCCCUGCGCGAGCCAUGGGGGCCCGGCGAGCCCCGGCGGCAGGCUCGGAAGGCAGCGGCGCCCCGGGGGCCUAGCGCGGGGUGGAGCGAGCCGGGGGGGCUGCAGGGUCCCUGCUGCGUCUCGGGCUCCCCCGCCGGCGCAGUGACGGGCGGGGGCUCUCUGCAGCAGCAGUCCCGGGCCGGGGCCAGGAGAGCCUGACCUUGCCCCCCGGCAGCAGCAUGGGCGGGAGCCCCACCUGCCUGCCGGGCUGGACCCUGCACCCGACGGGCUCCGGCAAGAUGCUGGGCUGGAGCCUGCUGCUGCUGCUGGCUUCCGUGGGGCGCAGCGAGGCGGCGGAGGCUGGCGAAGUCAGUGCAGAGGCCUGGCUCCGGCUGUAUGGCUACCUCCCGCAGUCCAGCCGGCAGAUGUCCACCAUGCGGUCGGCGCAGAUCCUGGCCUCCGCACUCUCCGAGAUGCAGAGGUUCUAUGGGAUCACGGUGACGGGCGUCCUGGACGAGGAGACCAAGCUGUGGAUGAAGCGGCCCCGCUGUGGUGUCCCGGAUCAGUUUGGAGUCCAGAUCAAAGCCAACAUGCGGCGGAAGCGGUACGCGCUCACCGGGCGGCGCUGGAGCCAAACCCACCUGACCUUCAGCAUCCAGAACUACACGGAUAAGCUGGGGCGGUACCACUCAUAUGAGGCCAUUCGCCGAGCCUUCCAGGUGUGGGAGCAGGCCACGCCCCUCGUCUUCCAAGAGGUCCCCUACGAUGACAUCAGGCACAAGAGGAGGAAGGAGGCCGACAUCAUGGUGCUCUUCGCCUCCGGUUUCCACGGAGACAGCUCCCCCUUCGAUGGCGUGGGGGGCUUCCUCGCCCACGCCUAUUUCCCCGGCCCUGGGAUGGGAGGGGACACGCACUUCGACUCGGACGAGCCCUGGACGCUGGAAAACACCGACGUGUCUGGCAACAAUCUUUUCCUGGUGGCCAUCCACGAGCUGGGGCACUCGCUGGGGCUGGAGCACUCCAGCAACCCCAGCGCCAUCAUGGCCCCCUUCUACCAGUGGAUGGACACGGAGAACUUCCAGCUGCCCGAGGACGACCUCAAGGGCAUCCAGCAGCUGUACGGUGCCCCUGAUGGGCAGCCCCAGCCCACCCGGCCCCUCCCUACGGUGACUCCCCGCGGCCCUGGAAAGCCAGACCACAGACCCCCCAAGCCACCUCCCCCCGGUAAACCAGAUCGGCCCCCGAAACCAGGCAACCCGGACCGGCCCAGAACCACUGACCGGCCCGACCAGUACGGGCCCAACAUCUGUGAUGGGGAGUUCGACACCGUGGCUGUGCUGCGCGGGGAAAUGUUUGUGUUUAAGGGCCGAUGGUUCUGGAGGGUUCGCCAUAACCGGGUGCUGGACAACUACCCCAUGCCCAUCGGGCACUUCUGGAGGGGCCUCCCCGGGGACAUCGACGCCGCCUACGAGAGGCACGACGGCAAAUUCGUGUUCUUCAAAGGGGAUCGGUACUGGCUCUUCCGAGAGGCAAACCUGGAGCCCGGGUACCCGCAGCCCCUCACCAGCUAUGGGCAGGGCAUUCCCUACGACAAGAUCGACACUGCCAUCUGGUGGGAGCCCACGGGACACACCUUCUUCUUCCGCGGGGACAGGUACUGGCGCUUUAAUGAGGAGACCCACUCCGUGGAUCCUGGCUACCCGAAGCUGAUCACCGUGUGGGUGGGAAUCCCUCCCACACCCAAGGGGGCCUUCUUGAGCUCGGAUGCCUCGUACACCUAUUUCUACAAAGGCACCAAGUACUGGAAGUUCGACAAUGAGCGGUUGAAGACGGAGCCAGGGUACCCCAAGUCCAUCCUGCGGGACUUCAUGGGCUGCCACGAGGCACCUGCGCCGGACCCCGACCCUGGGCACCGAUGGCCUGACCUGGACAGACCUCCCUUCAACCCGGACGGCAGGGGCACGGGCGCCGAGGGGGACGAAGGGGAGGCCGAAGCACGCCCCGGCGACCGAGAGGAGCAGGAGGAGGAGGAGGAGGACUACAGCGGCCCUACCCGGGGCAACGGCAACGACGUGGACAUCGUGGUGCAGAUAGACAAGUACACGCGGACCAUGAGCAUCGUCAUGGUGAUGGUGCCCCUGGUGCUGCUGCUUUGCGUUCUGGGCCUCAUCUACGCCAUCAUCCAGAUGCACAGGAAGGGGGCCCCUCGGAUGCUGCUCUACUGCAAACGCUCCUUGCAGGAGUGGGUCUGAUCCUGGACCCCUGCCCCACCAUGACCCUCCCCAGCCCAAUUUUCCCCCACCUCCCACCACCAUGGUGCUAACAAAGAAGCUUGAGAAGACGAAGCCCCUGGAGCCUUUCCUGGACUACUUACACCAAGAUUUUGCACAUUGAGUUGAAUGCGCUCGGCCAGGCCUACUCCCCACUCCUAGCAUGUAGGAGACGCCCCACUGCAGACUCCUCCGUGCCUACAGCCGCCCCCUGCCCUUCCUGUGCCUGGAUCAAGGCCGCCUAUGGCCCCCUCCCUGCUGGGGGAGAGGGGAGUUGCUCCCAGUGUUCCCGCUGGGCGAGGGAGACCACGUCUGUGCUCUGUAGCCCCUGAUCUCUCAGCGCUGCAGGGUUGGCAUUGGGGAGCAGCCAGUUGCUGGGGGCCCCCAUCUCUGCUUCACAGAAGCACAUGGGCCCCGAGCGCUGAAUCCCCACGUGAGGGGACAGCUGGGUGGGUUUCCCUUACGGCACUCCUGGGCCAUGGGGGUCUCUUCCCCCUGUCCUCAGACACCACCUCCCGCGGCUGCGUUCUCAGCGCGGCGCCCAGCCACGGGCUCGCGGGGGCAGAACUCGAAAAGCUUCCUCAGCUCGGCUCUUCCCCCAGGAAUCAGCCCUCAGGGAUGUUUCCCUUGGGCGCCCAGCCACAGGUCGUGCGUGUGUUGUCUGUGCCGUGUCCUGGCUGGGCCCAUGGAGCAGGGGGCGGGGAUCCUGGGCUGGGUGGUUGACCCCGGCAGGUCACCAGUCUGGUCACUCCUUGGGGGAUACGUCCCCCAGCCCGAGGGAAGGGAACCCUUUUCCCGGGUGAGGUCCUGGACCGAGGAGCUGGGCCUCUCCUCUAUCCGAGGUGCUCUGGCUCUGAUGUCUGUUUCAAGGAGAGCCCCCGCCGCUCCCCUCCCCUCCCUGUCUCCUCGCCUCAGUGGUCUCUGCAGCCCUGCUCCUCCCGGGCCAGGUGGGCCAGCUGCUCCGUGCACUGCCCUGGGGAGUGGGAAGCCAUCUCCCCCGCCCCUCUUCUCGCUCGCCCGGAUGGUGCUAACGUCUCGCCGCAGCUUUUCCCCACAUGCAGAGCGCUAGGGGUGGGGCCCAGGGGAGCUGCUCCCCAUGGCCACCCUUGGGCUCUGGACAUUGGCUUUCCUGGGCCAAGGUACAGAAAGGGGGGGGCGGUGGGGUAGUGAGGGGGCACGUACCAGCUGGAGAACUGGAUUCCAAUCCUGGCUCAGGUGCCAGGAGUUUGAUGGCCUCAGCCUUGUGUCUAGCAGGGUUUGGAAUGGGGCUGACCAGGAUUAUACAUCUGAGCCCCUGGUUAGGAGGGAACUGGGGCUAGAGUAGCUGGAGGGGCUGCAGGGCAGGACAGAGGCGCAUUGGCUGAGCUGGGUGGGGGCCCAGAACUGGAAUAGCAGGGGGCUGCCGGGUAUUGGCGGAGCUGGAGGUGCAUGAGGAGCCCAGCUCUGGCUGCUGCUCAUUACCGAGGCCCUGGUUGGGUUCCAGGGCGCGCUGAGCUGGGCUUUCUGGCCCAGGCAGGCGGGGUGGAGGUGACAUCACUGUGUUUAUUUCCUGUUUAACUGUUUGCAGCUGGGAAACGAGGGAGGUAAGGAGCCUAAAGAUAGCAGGUCUCUGGAACCUGCCCUGGGAAGGCUGGCCGGCAGCCGAGGGCCUGUGCUUUCUCCCAGCCCCAGGGACACGGGUCGGUUCCCAGCAGGGCCUCCAUCCAUUGGGAAGAUACUCUUACCAUGGAAGUCGCCCUGUAGCUGCUUUUCAUCCGCUUCCUUCUCCCCCGCACUCCAGCUUCCGAAACAAACAGCAGCCUCCGGGGCCUGUGGGAAAUGGGGCUGGGAAAACAGCAGCUCCAGCCCCCACUGCCCCAGAGCAGAGCCUGAGAGCGCCGUGCUCGGGGAGAGGGUGCAGGGGGGGAGGUGCGGCUUAGAAACUCUGCUACAUAAAAGCUUUUGUGGGAGGCAAGGGCCAAGCUCUGGCCCUUGCAGAGCAGUUUAGCCUCUGGAGAGGGGGCAGCAAGGCAGGAUAGCCACCUUCCCUCUUUGGCCAGCAGCCUGGCAAACCCCAGCUUAGCAGACACUGUACAGGUUCCUUGUAACUACACCACUGAAUUGGACUGUAAAGAGGUGGUGGCCUUGUCGGGCCCGCACACCUCCUCCCAGAGAGCUGGGAUCUACCAGGAAAGGUUGCGUAUCGGGAGCAAGGGGGCUCUGAACACCCAACUCCAGUGGGUGCAGCUGUGGCCUUCCUGCCUUUCUCCUGAUCCAGAGGGCAGCACCCACUCUGCAGAGCCUGCCCGCUCCUCCAUUCUUGCACCAGAUGUGCCGACUUUCCCCCGCACGGGGAAAUUGUCCCAGCACUGCCGAUGGGCACAAGGUGGAGAAACGGGUGGGAUUUACUGUGGGUCCCUGAGGCCUGUACUCUGGGCCAGAACCGGCCUGGCCAAAUCUGCCUUUUUUUCAUGGUUGAGUAAAAUACUGGUAGUUUUGUUAUCAUGGCCAAGGGCCAGCAAGCACCAUUUGUGUCUGGGCUAGGCCGUUUCCCUGGCAGUUUUGCCCAGGCGCAUGGGCUGUACCUAGCCAGAGGGGAUCGGGGUUUGCUGCACACCACAAGGAUGAAUAGGCUGCUUGGGCUAAAGAUCGAGCCGGCUCCUCGCCAGCUGGGAAUCAGCGUCUCUCCAUUGACUUGGACGAGAGCCUCCGCCGGCAUAAAUGGAUGUGGCGCCACUGAAGCCAAUGGACCCGGUCCCCAGUUGAUAUAAACCGGUAAAGCUCCAUUGACUUCAGUGGCACAAUGCCAGUUUAGAGCCGCUAAGGAUCUGGCCCUGUAGGUGUCCGUCCCUGACACUGACACUGAGCUGGAGGUGAGCCGGCACGGCCGGGUCCCUGUGUGGCUGGGGGCUCGGGUUGGUUCCAAACUGGUGCCUCUGGCAGGGCAGUUCACUCAGUGCCCCAGAGGCAAACUGGGCAGGAUCCUGGAGCCCCCCUAGGGCGGCCCGGCUUGAUCUGCCGGUGAGGAUCGUUGAUAAUACAGCACUCUAGGUUCCCAGGAUCCCAGUCAGCAGAGCCACUUGCUGUCCUUCACCCCAGGGUGCUGCUCCCCUGUGGGCACCUCAGGUAUUAUUGCAGAGCCAGGCAUUUCUCCCAGGACCUGGAGCUGCCAGGCCAGAUCGUUCUCAGCCCUCGGGAGCGGGGGGAGUGUCGCUGGAGUCCCCAGGAGCAUGGACCCCUCCGCCUACCCCGCUCCAUGGGAAAGCACAGGCUCCCAGCUUCCCCGUCAGCGACCAUGGGGCCACCUUUGUUUGGAAAAAGCCUUUUGUUGGCUCCAGCCACUUCUCUUUCCCCUUUGGAGCCUUCCCAGCGCUGAUCAGCCAACGCCGUUCCCCCCUUGGAGCCCAUCUGGAAGCUGGAGCUGGGCCGGAGCCAGGCCCUCGCAGAAUCCUUGGCUGUAAUGAAUGGAAAAUUGUUCCAUUUUUAAGCGCACAGGUGUGCGCUGGAGAAAGUGCAUUUCGGGCCAGGGCUGGCCCAGAGCCCAGCUCCCCCUUCGCUCUGCCUUGGGGCAGGAAUUCCACGCCCUGCUUUCCCGAAGGCGGCUCGGCUCUGCUGGGGCAGCGUCCCCCCAGGGGAUCCUUUCACCCUGCUCGUUUGACCCUGCAGGGCUGAGCUCACCAGGGGGUGAGACUGAUGGUCCUCUCCAUGCCGACUCCUGUUCAGAACGGGUCCCAAUCACGCAGCAUUAGCAAGGCAGGCCAGGGUCAGGUUCCCAUGGAUGUCAGGCCCUCAGCCUCAGAGGAAUUUAGGUCCCUAACUUUCAGGAUCUGGGCCUUAGCGCCAACAGGCCCCAUUGAAAUGUGAGCUUGAGGCUCCCUAGCAGGGCACCAAUGCUUGAGGUGGUGACCUCCCCUUCCCCCAACUCAGCUGCCUCUGAGGAGGGGCUGUUUCUUUGUCCUGACAGCUCUCCCCACCCCAUGUCUCUGUCCCCGCAUCCCAUCCAUGCCCCCAAUCAGCACAGGGGAAAGGGACUGGAUGGGAGGGUAACUAGCCCUAAGCACCUCAGCUCUGCACCGGCAGGUGUGGCGGAGAAGAGGGGCCCCUGGCAGUAGCGUGAGAGGUUGUGUCCCACAAGCAUGGAGACUCACGGUGACAUCCCACCAGGCCAUGCCCUAUCCCUUGUGGUGUCUGUCUGUCUCUCUCGUGUGUGCACGUGUGUUUGGGGUUUUUUUUAACGUCCAUGCUGGUCAUGUUUAACUGCUACACAAUAAAUCCUACCGAACCA